AUGCAGGAGCUGCGCCACAGAGUCCAGAACCUAGAACGCCAGUUGGCCGAUCGGGAGCAGGACGGACGAACCACUGAUCCCAGCUACACCCUAUCCCCCGAAAGAGAAGAAGAAGACUCCCACCGAAGCCGCUCGCGGCGUACCCCCGCAUCCCGAACGGAAACGGAGAGCACGCGCGAGGAAUCACCCAUCCCGAGAAGACGAAAUGACACGGUCAUCUAUUCCAGGAGAAGAUCAACCCGCCGAGCCGCGCGUGAUCGCGAAGACGGGGAAAGGAGAACACGACAACCCGUGAUAAUGGGCGCCACCCCAUUCCACCGAUCUAUCCUCGAAGUCCGGUUGCCGAAACACUUCGACAAACCAACGGACAUGAGGUACGACGGAACCCAAGACCCUCUAGAACACCUCACGGCCUUUGAGGCCAGGAUGAAUCUGGAGGGGGUAGGGGACGAGGUAAGAUGUCGCGCCUUCCCAGUAACUUUAGCGGGACCCGCGAUCAGGUGGUUUAACGGCCUCCCACAGGGGUCCAUCCACAGCUUCUCGGAUAUCACCCGCGCGUUCCUGGCCCAGUUUACAACACGAAUAGCAAAGGCCAAACACCCGAUCAACCUUCUGGGGGUUACCCAGAGACAGGGAGAGCCGACAAGGAGGUACCUAGAUCGUUUCAACGACGAAUGCCUUGAAAUCGACGGCUUGACCGAUUCGGUGGCCAGUCUUUGCUUAACGAACGGCCUCCUCAACGAGAACUUCCGAAAACACCUUACCACGAAGCCGGUUUGGACAAUGCACGAGAUCCAGACGGUAGCCAAAGAGUACAUAAACGAUGAGGAAGUCAGCCGAGUUGUGGCUGCCAACAAACGGCAGUCCGGCUACAAUCAACCACGGCAACACGGGAACGGGGACAGGCCAAAGGAGCGAACCAGGGAAGAGGCGCCAAACAAGACGCCGAGGACGUUUCCCCGAGUCGGGAAAUUCACCAACUACACCCCCCUCACGCUCCCCAUCGUGGAAGUCUACCAACAAAUAGCAGAGAAAGGAAUCCUGCCGAAGGCCCGACCGCUCAAGGACCGCACCGGAGGAAACAAAAACGUCUAUUGCGACUACCACAAAGGUUACGGUCACCUGACGCAGGACUGUUUUGACCUAAAGGAUGCACUCGAACAAGCGAUAAGAGAAGGCAAACUAGCAGCCUUCUCCCACCUUAUCAGGGAGCCAAGGAGACGUUAUCACGACGAAGAUGAGGAAGGCAAAACCCGUUCGGCCAAGCGACGGCCAAAGCCAGAAGGCGGAGAUCACGGCCUCACCGUAAUAAACGUAGUGACGGCCAAAAACGCUGCACCCAGAUCCAGAUCCGCACACAAGAAAGAUACAAAGAUACUGUCGAUUUCCUCCUCAUUGAUGCAAAGCUCUAAGAAGCCUUAA